UUUUUUUUUCCUUCCUUUCAGACUGCUCUCAGUGCUUUUUUCCAAGAAACAAACAUCCCCUACAGCCACCACCAUCAGAUGAUGUGCACUCCCGCCAACACGCCGGCCACGCCGCCCAACUUCCCCGACGCCCUCACCAUGUUCUCCCGCCUCAAGGCUUCCGAAAGCUUCAACAGCAGUAGCCCCGUGGCCUCCAUGGCGACUUCCCCGCCGCCCCCGGCCCCGCCGCUGUGUUAUGUGAGGAGCUAA